AUGAGAUUGAAACGUGAACUACCUUGUAGCGACGAAAAAAAUGCUUCCAGGCAACCGGAAUCAGAUGAAAAUGUAGGCUUAUGGAAAGAGAAUUUUUGCAAGCAAAUGACGAACCAUUGGGAUUUUCAGUGCUCAAACUAGACAGAGAUAAACAAAGAGUCUUGAAAAACGCGUAUUGAGCGUAUACCGAAUAUACUGUAGGCACAAGACACAACACCAUCUGGGCAGUUCGAUCGUAUUUGGAAAGAGUGGGCCGAAGGUAGAAGCGCUAUAACGAACAAUAUGUGUAUGGGUUUGUCGAAGCAAAGAUUCUAAAUUUGUUUUCAAUAGGGUUUUAUUUGGGUAAGAAUCUAAAAGCAAGUGGAGGGAAUUUGACAUCUCUAUAGGGAAAAGGGGGGUUGAUGAAUAGAAUUCAAUUGAAUUGAUGAUUAAAUAUUCACCAGGUUUUAUCUAAGUAUAUAAAACCUGAUUUUUGCGGGUUUUAUAUAUAUAUAACCCGCAAAAAUCCGGGUUUUAUAUAGAUAAAACCCGUGAAUUUAUAAUUAUUAAUUCAAUUCUAUUCAUCAACCCCACUUUUCCCUGGAGAGAUAUCAAAUCCCUCCCCUUGCUUUCGGAUUCUUACCCAAAUAAAACCCUAUUGAGAACAAUAGAAAUCCGCACAAAUUCGAACUAAAGCUGGAUAAUGCUUUACAUCAAACCAUGUUAAAACAAGCGACGGUUCGUUUAUGUUCAUCUUCAGUUCCAAAUACGUUACCAUAAUUUGUGGAUUUGUAUGCUAAUUUCAAAAUUAGUCGUGUUCCGUGCGAUCUGAUUUGUCAAAAAUAUUGCGAUUAAUUCCCCCAAAUUCCUCGAUGUUGAGCUUUAAUCGCAUCGUCUUGAAGUUAAUUAAAAAGCAUUAUUUUUCUCGUGGAAUGUUUUUCCAACUCGGAAUUCUCCGACAGAGUCAAGCUUUUUUCCGUUAGGGUUUUUCCGAUAGAGCAUAUGUUUUUUAUCGUUUCGGAGUUAUAUCCGCCCUCACAUACACGAAUUUUCAUAUUUUCUGAAAAAGAGGACUAUAUAGAAGGAAUGAUUGAUUGGAAAGUGACGGAAACAGUGGCGUAACCAGCCCGACAAUUUAGUCCCGCUAUGCAUAUUCAAAAUUAUUCUCGUUAUUCAUUUCUUUAGAAAUUGAUUGUUUUCACUGUCAAUGAACAUGGUUGUAUUUGCAUAACGGGACAAAAUAGUCGGGCUGGCUACGCUGCUGGACGAAAAGCAGAACCUAGAUAGAUUACCUUUAGGAACCUGCUAUCAUUGAAUGGAGCAUUUCAUCCACCAAUGGUGGUUGAUAGACUGUGUCUAGAGAGGAGAAUCGGUGGCCGGGGUCUCACCAGUAUUGAAGAUUGCAUCAAAUAAGAUUUCAUAAUACGUAUAUUUCAAUGAUCGGUCAGAACCACGUAUUUCGACAGCAACGAUGUAUGGCACCAUGUAUUUAUGACAGUGGUGAUUGUCUUGCUCUAUAAUAUUUGAAUGAUAUCAUGAUCAUCAUCUUUUGUUUCUUCGUGAUCUCAAGCAGCAAGGUGAUACUCUUACCUUACUGUAAGCACUCAAUAAUACUUACUGAGAGCAGGGAAAAACUGUAUAUUGCCUUAUAAUAAUUAUUAUUUUUCACAGAAAUAUUCUUACUAACAGUAAAUUGACGUAUUUGCUGUAUUAUAAAAAUCAACUAAUCUUCUCUAUAUCCAGAUAUAGGUGUUCCUGGCACAACUAAUCUUCCUGCCGGGAUUCUUCUUCCAACUAAAGGUACGACAUAAUUAGGAAUACCGAAUGGUUUUCCGUGCGGUAUUGCGUGAUCCAUGCGCGCGGGAUGUUUCGACCCAUUCGGAAAGCUUAAAAGCUCGAACCGCUAGCUGAGAGCUUUUCUACGCUCUCCAAAAGUCGAGAAACAUCCCAAGCGCAAUGGAUCACGCUAUCCUGCACGAAAAACCACAGGCUCAUGGUUUUAUAAAAGGACAACACUGAAACAAUUUUCAGGUCAAUUCACUCUCUGUAGUUAUUGUAAACAUUUGGUCACUGUUUUGGUGAACUUACAGCUCGUUUAAUAGGCAAUUCCAGCUUUUAGUUUAUGCGUGGAGAGGACGAUGGGAAGUAAGGUAUCACAUUGCUGAUUAUGCUGAAAAAAUUAAAAUGGUGGUCGUGUAAACACGGAGUGACAGCUUUUACUUGUAAAUAUUGAAAUAUUUCGAUUGUUUCGCUAGUUUUUAUUGACAUUUUUCAGCAUAAUCGACAAUAUGAUACCUUACUUCCCAUCAUCCCCUGCAGGCAUAAACUAAAAGCUAGAAUUGCCUAUAUACUGUUAUUGUUUAUUUCAUGCAUUAAAAUAUUUACGUUUUCCGACAUUUCGUAAACCCAGCGCCAGCGGAAGGCAUUUAAGUUUCCCGUGGAUGUUUUAUUAAACAAUUUAGACGGAAAAUAUUUUUCAGCGGGUAUAAUAAAUAUAGGUUAUCAUAUAAGGGAUGAGGUGAUAUCAGUUUUAUCGCUCGAGGGAUGAUAUCACAAUUGUCACGAGCGAGCGCAGCGAGCGAGGGACAAUUGUGAUAUCGUCCCGAGAGCGAUGAAACUGAUAUCACCGAAUCCCGAGUACGAUAACCUAUUUAUUAUAUACUUGUACCUUUAUCAGGGUUUGACACCCAAAAGUAAACAGUUUUGAAAAAAUAGGAUCAUUUUGGAAUUCAAAACAAUUCAUCAUUUACUGAACAAAUAUGAUUUUAGAAAAUAAAUAGACCAUUCAUAUAAAUAAUAUACAAUUUAAGUCUUUCGUUUUGUAUUAUCGUUCUUGUUUUCUUUGAUAAACUGUCGACAUCAACCAACACGAACCUCGAGUCGGCCAUCUUUGUUUUGACAAGGCGCGAAAUUUAGCGGGACAAAAAACGAUAUCCGGGACAAGAAACGAUAUCCGGGACAAAAAACGAUAUCCGGGACGAUAUCGUUUUUAUGUCCCGCUGCUUCCUACCUGAUAAAGGUACAAGUAUGUGAUAAUAUGGGAUAUUGUAAUGGGGAAAAUUCCAUGCUACAAACUGAAAAAUUCUUAUGGGUUUAUACCUUUUUGAAAAAUUACAGCCUUCUUUUGGCAAUUUACACACUAUCAUUGAUCUAAAUGGUUUUAUUUUUCUGAUACCAAUAUGAAUAUAUUCUUGCACAGUGCCAAGGUUAAUUUUGUUUAAUAUUCAUUUGAAGUCUGUGGCAUGACCUGUGGUGACCACAGUGUGGUCUCUUCCACAUUUGACUAGGCAACCGAGUUUAUGCCAGGUCAAGUCGAUGGCAACACAAUCAGAUAUACGACCACUUGGCUAGGUAAUAUUCCUGUAUGGAGAUUGCAACUGCAUGAAUAUUAAAACAAGUGCAUGAAUCUUCCUAAAGUCACUGUGGAAGAUCAAGUGAUAUUAUCAUUAGAAAAUACACCCAUGCAUGAACUAUAUUAUCAUAGCACAAUCUAUAAGCAAAGGCUACUAAAGUAGGAUCUUUACAUGCCAGAAUAGGCCAGUUAGUAAAUGAUAUGCAAUUAAUAUUGAUAAAUACAGAAACAAAGCUCUUGACGGAGAUUAAAAUACAUCAGGUUUUCAUGGCCAGAAAUGUGGAUUCCCCAACAAUAAGCAGUUUACGUCGACCAUUAAAGAUCCGUUUCCCUUCUGACAAAACGUGCCGCCAUUUCCACUGGAAAAGAAGUGAAAUCAUGCACAAUACUUAAUUUUGCAAUUGCACCACUAGAUCCAUAGUAUAUCCAUACUAUUUCCAUACAAUAUCCAUACUAUGGAAAUAUACAAUUGUUAUGGAUAAUCAAAAUCCAUUCUAUUUUCAAUAAAGGUCCAUACAAUUUCCAUUCUAUGACCUUCUGUCGAUUUUCAAAAUUGUUCCCAGUGAUCCUCGUAAACAACGCAACGAAUAUACGCAUAGCAAUUUUGAAAGAAUUCGUCCAUGUUAACCGCGUGCAAUUCAGCGUGAUAUAAUUUGCUAUAUAUACGAUGAUUCGCGCGACCAUUAGCGCCCAAAAACAUUGCCUAAACUGCGCUUAUUUUAAAAUAUUGCGCCAUACGUUUGGUAUCAACACGAAGCUUAGAAACAAAGCUUUUUGAUAGUUUAGGAUUAAGGAGGGUUUGUUUUAAAGCUAUUAAAUAAACGGGGCCUAAAUUAAUUUAGUAGUUUCAUUUAAUUGUUUGUCUUGCUUUUAUUUGUCAGUACAGAAUAUUGUAAAUUAAAAUAUUACUACAAUGCAAUACGCGUAGUAUUUCAUCAGACAUCUGCACUACAUUAUACAUACUGUGCAAGGAAAACUACAGCUUAAAUAUUAGUAGACGUUUCUUCUUUUGUCACGAAACAUCACAGCUCACAUCGACACUACUUCUGAGUUUUGUAACCGGCCGAGGCGAAAGUAAAUCAUGCAGUCGAGAAAACGCCUCACCUCGAAAGAUUAUUUUGCAAAACAUUCUCGUACACACAAGAAUCGUAAAAAUACAAAUGUUGAAUUGUUAAUAUUGUCAACUGUCAAGUUCAGUUAUUUUUAGACAAUAUGGUGUUAGCCAAUCAGAAUGCAAAAUUGACCGGCCCAGACCAGGGCUUUCUCGUGCCUCGCCUCGUCCUCAUACGAAAGCCCUGGGAACGAGGUUGCUAGACCCUAUCAAAUGCUUUGCUGAUGUCGAGAAACACCACACUUACUGCCUUGCCUAGUACGAAAGUUUUGUAUAUCUUAUGCGUUAAAUAUAAGGUUUGAUUAACUGUAGAAUCACCUGGGCGAUAGCCUGACUGCAUAGGAUCUAAAAAACAUAUGUCAAGCAAAACAAUUAUAUAAUCUCGUGAAAACAAUUUCUCCAUUACUUUUGAUAACGACGCUAAUAAAGAUGAUGGGUCUGUCAUCUAUUUUCGAUUGACGAUCAACUUUAGUUUUGAAAAAAAGGAAUAACAUUAGCCAUCUUCCGGUGCUCUGGAAAAACUCCAGAAACAAUGAGAGGUUGACCAAUCGUGUGAAAACACCUGUUAUGUUGUGACGUAUAAAAUAUAAUUCCAAAUACAGUAUAUAUAAUUAUUUUUCCAGGUACCACUCUAGGAAAAACAUCUGCUGGUAGUGAAAAAUCUGCAAUUGAACCAGGUGUAGUUGCUGCUGGAAUAAUAGCCUCCAUUAUUUUUCUUGUUCUUGUUGUGGUUGCCUUUGUUCUUGUACGAAGAAAAAAUCGAAAAAAACAGCGCGAAGAAUCGGUAAAG